AUGGGAGACGUCUUCAUUCCCUUUAUCCGGAGCUCUCUUCCUGAUGAGCUUGCCUCAGUACUUCACGACCAACUUCAGAAAUUGGAGAAUGGAGAUUUCUUGGCAAUCUUUCAACAUCCAGACGUACAAGUGCUCCUCGGACACCGGGAUGACACGGGAGAUAUCAACCUGAAGGAUCCAACAGUCGGAGAUCUUGCAUUGACAGAUUUCGUGCUUUGGAGUGAUUACGUAUUCCACCGUCUAGGCUUUGUUCUAUCGAGAAGAAGGGAAAAUGAGGGGACGCCUCCGCAAGAAACCGCCGCCUAUCGCCAACACCUCUAUUUCAUCGUGGCCGUUGCUUCGCUUUAUGCAUUCUUACAGUCUACUGUUACUGGUCCUCCACUUAGCUUUGACUCUGCGGAAGUACUCCUCCCUAAGGCUUACACGUCGAGUAAACAGGCUCUUUCCUCGUACAGAGGAGAGCUCAUUUCAUCUCUCACCGUAGAUGGAGUCGCAGCGUAUAAACUCACACCAAACAUUGAACUUUUUUGUCUAGCGGAGACAAUCUUGAUAUGUCCUCCUAUUCAGAAAAACAUUGAAGCGUCCACCUGGGCCAGAUUAAGAGUCAAUUUUCUCCAUCAACGGCUUCUCUCAGAAAUCGCACCUUCAUUGCAAACAUCUAUAUACGAUGACCUAGAUGCUCUUGGAAGUGUCGUGUUGGGACCAGAACUAAAGCAUAACAUCGACAAUCUGCGCGCUAAUUUCCUGCUUGAGCGAGCGGCCAUCCAUAUGCAUCAUGGAUUCGACAAAAGGGCGAGAGCGGAUCUUGACCAAGCAGCUACCGAAAGGAAAUUCGAGUUUGCGUUAACUGGCUUAAUGGGUAAGCGUACCAGGUUUCAAGAAAAGGAGACAAGUCAAUUGCUAGUCCUUGCUCGGAGUGCCAGUUCAGAGACAAAUGGUGCUUCCGCUGGGAUUUUGAAACCCAGGAACCUGGAUCUCAAUGAUGAUACCCUGCUUGAAUCGAUUUCAUUCACCGAAAAACCAUCGUCCACCGAGAUCAAUGACGAGUCUUCUCUUCCUCCUAGUCUCGCUUCUUUAGAUCCCUCUAAUCAGCCGCUUCUGGAUCCCUUGGAUUCUGUCAUACUGCUAUCUCUUGCCUCUUCGAUUACUAACACCAAUCCUGCUGAUGGUCUGACAAGAGAAGAGACUGUUCCUUAUGCCAAUCGUGUUUUGGAUGGCGGGAGCUCAAAUUGGCAAGUAUACACGCAAGCGCUACUGGUCCGCAGUCGAACCGAGGGCUAUCGAUCAAGAACCAUGGAGCGCGGCCUCUUGCAGCUUCAAGCCUUAGUUGACCAGGUCAUUGCAGAGACUACCAACUCUCCAACCGCAGCAAAUGGAGAGUCGAAUCAACAAGUAACUUCAUUCCUGCCAAAAGCUAAAGAUGGGGAAUCCGCCCCGGUUGAAGAGCGUCUCCGCUACAUCUUCGCUCUCUGCUCGCCAUCACGUUGGGAACUCGAGGCCGAACUUGCCGCUCGUUGGGUUCAUGUCGGAGGCCUUCGCUCCGCACUUGAAAUCUACGAGAGACUUGAAAUGUGGGCUGAGGCUGCCUUAUGUUGGGCAGCAACAGAUAAAGAAGAUAGAGCAAGGAAAGUUGUUAGAAGGCAACUCUUCCAUGCGACGAAUAGCGACGAUAGCAUGGCCGAUCUAGAGGAAGAGAAAUGGGAAGGUGCGGCGAGAAACCCACCGCCGGAAGAGGCACCAAGACUGUAUUGCAUCCUAGGAGACAUCGACAAAGAUAUGGAAAUGUACGAAAAGGCAUGGGAGAUUUCCCACAAGCGAUAUGCUCGUGCACAGCGUUCUCUUGGUCGACAAUACUUUUCCCAACAGGACUACACCAAGGCGGCAGAAGCCUACUCGAUGUCUCUCAAGAUCAAUGCUUUGAACCAUUCCUCAUGGUUUACUCUUGGGUGCGCAUAUCUCGAACUGCAGCAAUUCAUGAAGGCAGUAGAAGCAUUUUCUCGCUGUGUCCAGCUCGAGGAUGAGGAUGCGGAAGCGUGGAGUAAUCUAGCCGCAGCACUGCUUCAUCUCCGUCCUAAGCCAAAAGACGACUUUGAUGCAGGUAACACUACAGAAAGAGUCACCAAUCAUCCCAGACAAGACGCACUGAAAGCCUUCAAACGCGCCGCGGCCCUCAAACACGACAACUCGCGCAUCUGGUCUAACGUCCUCACUGUCGCAGCAUCCACUAACCCGCCAUCAUACACCGACAUCGUAAACGCCCAGCGCCGCAUAUGCGAACUCCGUGGAUCCACUGAUGGCGAAAAAUGCGUGGACGAAGAUAUUCUAGACCUCCUAGUCCGCCACAUCGUCCAGGAAGAAGAAAGCUCAAGUUUCGAUGUCUCCCGACCAGGCCUACCAAGACUAGCAAAUGAGCUUAUCGAAAAACACAUCAAACCCCUCAUCACUAUGUCUCCCAAACUCUGGAUCAUCCUCUCCACCCUCUACAUCCACACCAACCGCCCGUCUUCCGCGCUCGAAGCACAUGAGAAAGCUUGGCGCGCGGCUACUUCGCAGCCGAAGUGGGAGAGCGGGACGGAGGCACAGUGGAAUAGCGUUGUGAAUCAGACGAUUGAUCUCGUGGAUGCGUAUGAGAGUUUAGGUCCGAGGGAAAGGACGGAAGGACUUUCGGAGGGGAGUGGAGCGCUAGUGGCUAAAGAUUGGAGGUUUAAGGCAAGGAGCGCAGUGAGGAGCGUGUUGGGGAAGGGGAGGGAUGUUUGGGAGGGCGGGGACGGGUGGGAGAGGUUGAGUGGGAGGUUAGAGGGGUUGAAAGGGAGGGAUUCGAGCUUUGAGGAAAAUAAGAGAACAGGUAUGUACAAAGGGCGAAAGGCUCAGCUCCUAGAAAGACAAAAUGAAUUGCAUGUUGUCAUAUUACGUAGAACACGACCAGAAAUGUCAACAGGUCGCGAGUUUCUGCUUUAG